CACAGAUUCACCUCGUCAUCAUCCUCUCGUCUUGCUUGUUGUUUCCUUCCUAACUGUCUAUAUGCGACGCUCAUUUUACUUGCGUCCAUUCCAGCUGUUGCAUCCUCGUCGACUGCCAGCUGUUGUCCCUCCCCGUCAGUUUCUUACAGCCCCUCCAACUCUCCCAGUCCUCCCCGCUCCACCUCAUCCGGCCUCCCACUUUCAGGUCCAUCUACAAAGUCGACGACUCGUGUGGACCACUUCUUCUCCUGCAAAAUCGUCGCCUGGAUCUCUACCUUUCAAAGCAUCUAUAUCCUGGCACCUCCUGGUUCUGACCCUAGCAUGUGGAGGCGUCCUCUUUGUUGACCAUCUCCUGCGCAAUAAUUCUUCCCCCCCACGCGACAUCCAGACUUCGUCUGCCCGCCGCCAAACAGUCACAUCUCCCCCCGCUGGUGCUUUCGACCCCUUUUACACAGACAUGCCUGUCCCUGCCGGACAUGUGGGCAAUCUGACCCCGGAGCAAGAGACCAAGUUGCGCGAGUUCUGGGCCGUCACGUUGAAGGUCUUUGGCGUGGAAAAUCCCAACCCACCAUCCGAGGCGGAUACUCCUCAAACCGAAGACUCGCAGUCUGUUUCGGAACUUGACAAGGAUAAAAAGAAGCCCAAGAAGCGGUUAGGGCUGUUUAAAAGACACGAUGAUAAGCCUGCGAGUGGCACGGUCACGCCCAAAGACCCGAGCUCCCACAUCGAGUCAGACGACAAGUAUGGCCAGGUCCGAGAGUUUCAAGAGAUUCUCGCGACUCAGAAUCCAGAGUCGCUGCGCGCCGCCUUCUGGAGUAUGCUCAAAGCUGAUCAUCCUGAUGGAUUACUACUCCGAUUCCUGAGAGCGCGGAAAUGGGAUGUCGAUAAGGCCUUGGUUAUGCUGAUCGCUACCAUGAGAUGGCGAAGCCACGACCAACACGUCGACGACGACAUUAUGUUCAAAGGAGAAGGAGGCGCUUUGGAAGACUCCAAGUCAUCUGAUGCCGCUGUCAAGCGUGAAGGAGACGAUUUCCUCACCCAGCUGAGACUGGGCAAGAGCUUCUUGCACGGAACCGACAAAGAGGGAAGACCGCUGUGUUUUGUUCGCGUCCGUCUGCACAGGGGCGGGGAACAGACUGAGAAGAGCCUGGAACGUUACACCGUCUACGUGAUUGAAACAGCCAGAUUACUCCUCAGGCCACCAAUAGAGACUGCUUGCAUAGUGUUCGACAUGUCACAAUUCACCAUGGCCAACAUGGAUUACACACCAGUCAAGUUCAUGAUCAAGAUCUUUGAAGCAAACUAUCCGGAAUCUUUGGGCGCGGUGCUGGUACACAAGGCACCGUGGAUCUUCCAAGGCAUCUGGAAGAUCAUCCGUGGAUGGUUGGACCCGGUGGUCGCCGGCAAAGUCCACUUUACCUCGAACGUGGAAGAUCUAGAGGAGUUUAUUCCCAAAUCGCAAAUCAUCACGGAACUCGGUGGGGCUGAGGAAUGGGAGUAUAAGUACGUUGAGCCCGUUCCCGGCGAGAACGACGCCAUGAAAGAUGAGGCUGCGCGAACCAGCCUCCAGCAACGACGAACCACAGAUGUCCUGCAGUUUCAAAGUAAGACGUUUGAGUGGAUCGCCACGGGAUCUGGGCCCGAAGCAGGCAAGAUCAAGGAGGAGCGACACGAGAUUGCUAAGCGGUUGAACGACAAUUACUGGAAAUUGGACAAACACAUCCGAGCUCGUGCCUAUUACGACCGCAUUGGCAUGAUCUCAACGGAUGGCAAGAUCAACUUCUACCCUCCAACUCCAGUGGUCAGUGAAGUGACGAAUGAAAAGGUCACACCGCUUGCUGCACCGACACACAAGGAGGUCGAACCAUCGCCCGACGAUGUAGACUGAACAAGAAUAAGACGUGUCAACAGAUACAGCUUCCUUUUCUGUAGAGGGAAAGUUGAAGCAAAAGCUUAAUCCUUUGUUAAGGCGAGCAUGUAUGCAUGAGACCUAUCGACUUCGAUUCCACGAGUACAGUGUUCAGAUGACAUGUGAGGUUGCACUGCAUCUCAGCAUGAGCCACCAUGAUGAUUGAUCCUGGACGGUCCGUAAAUAUCAUGACAUGUCAUAUUACUUCUGUCAUGAUUUUUGUUUCUACCUGCCGAUUAGAUGAUCCGCCAAGAUGACCAUGCAGGGACCGCCUGGCACCCAUGUUUCUAAGGAAUUAUAAAUGUCAGAUUCAGGCAUCGUAUUCGGAUCUACAUACCUACUUCUAGGAUGUUGGUACAUACACACAACAGAUUUCAGGCUGGGGAGACACCUUAUGUAGAGGUAGGACAAAGUACGACAGUGCUGUAGAUACCUAUCUAUCUACUUACAUC